GUAAAACACAGCUUUGUGGUGGGAAAAGGUGCAGAAUUCCUUAGAUUCUAGCAGUAUUUUUCGAAAGGCAAUUAAAACCGAUCGGGUAAUGAACAACGCAAAUUAAUAGAAAUCAAAAACCAUAGUUGUAACCGCUGGCGGAAACUUUGUCGCGCUUUACCAAGUUACCUGAAUCAUUCAGUCAUUAUUUCUCAAUUAAUUUAUUUAGUUUCUUGAGGAAAAUUGCGCUGAUAAGAUCAACCGACAAAAGUGUUGAACGAUGUGAUCUACCUAACAUUCGUUUUCCAUUGAUAUUUGGUGUGCGAUUUUUGCAAAACUAUGUUGAACGGAUGGCGGCUAACACUUUCAAAAUGUUUUCUGUUGCCUCAAAGGUACAUUUUGGGCAUUAUGGGCUUUUUUGCCAUCGUCAAUGCCUAUACUAUGAGGGUUUCACUGUCGCUGGCCAUCACAGAAAUGGUCAUUCCGAUCAAUGCUACCGAAUAUUACGAUCCAGAAGCGUGCACUCCUGUUGGUUCUAAUCAGACAAAUAGUGCAAUCAGAGAUCAAAGUACUUUAUACGACUGGGACGAAAAAACCCAAGGAUUAAUACUGAGCGCCUUCUAUUGGGGAUACGUUUUAACCCAUCUACCUGGAGGAAUAUUGGCAGAAAAGUUCGGAGGAAAAUACUCUCUGGGUCUGGGGGUUUUAUCCACUGCUCUAUUUACCUUAAUUACGCCUUGGGUUAUUAUAUGGAGUGGCGGUAAUUGGAAAGUUUUAGUAGCAUUGAGAAUCAUUGAAGGACUUGGCGAAGGAACCACAUACCCCGCUUUAACAGCCCUUCUUGCUAAAUGGGUGCCACUAAAGGAACGUGCAACGAUCGGAAGUAUUGUGUUUUCUGGUAGUCAAUUUGGUACGAUUCUGAGCAAUGCUUUAAGUGGAGAACUAAUCAGACGCACAAAGGAUUGGGCUUCAGUGUUUUACUUCUUCGGAGCUUUAGCAAUAUUAUGGUUCAUUUUGUGGGUGCUUUUAUGCUAUUCGGAUCCCAGCAGUCAUCCAUUUAUCAGUGAUAAAGAAAAGGAGUACUUGGAGAAAGAAUUAUCUAAUGUAUCCAAUGUUAAACUCGAUGUUCCAUGGAAAUCGAUCUUAACAUCUGUUCCCAUGUGGGCUUUGGUGAUCACUCAGGUGGGUCACGAUUGGGGCUUUUUCACAAUGAUCACCGAUCUUCCCAAAUACAUGAAAGACGUCCUCAAGUUCAACGUGUCCCAGAAUGGCACCUGGUCUUCAGUACCUUAUAUAGUCAUGUUGCUCACCUCGAUUAUGUCUGGAUGGUUCUGCGAUUUUCUAGUCAGACGUAACAUCAUGAGCUUAACGUUUUCCCGCAAGUUCUUCACAUCUGUUGCUUCCAUUGGACCAGCGGUUUUUAUCGUGAUAGCUUCCUAUGCAGGUUGUGACCGAAUGUUAGCGGUCUGGAUGUUCACCAUUGCAAUGGCUUUCAUGGGCUGUUACUACUGUGGGAUGAAAGUGAAUGCUCUGGAUCUUAGUCCAAAUUUCGCCGGCACUUUAAUGGCCAUCAUCAAUGGACUUGGUGCUACCAGCGGAAUUGUUACGCCUUAUUUAGCUGGCGCGCUUACAGAAGACCACACUCUUGCUCAAUGGCGUUUGGUGUUCUGGAUCACUUUCGGUGUGUUCGGGGUGACUAAUUUGGUUUACUUGCUGUUCGGGACGGGAAAGGAGCAACUGUGGAACAAUCCAGAGUACAAUGCGGAAAAACCGAAACAACCGUUUGAGGAAAAUGGAAAAGCCAAUAUCGAAAUGAAAACCAGCAUGUAGCAGUAUGUGUCAUAUAGUAUGGAAAUAUUGUACAUUAUAAUAUUCCUAAGUUAUUAUUAAGUAUGUUUCAGCAGUAAAUAAUAAAACGUUUUAAAUA